AUGGCCUAUCAGAAAGUUAAUGUAGAUCAGAGAGUUCCAGGACACUCACAGUACUUAGACAAUGAUGACCUUCAAGCCACUGCCCUUGACCUAGAGUGGGACAUGGAGAAGGAGCUGGAGGAGCCUGGUUUUGAUCAGUUCCAGCAGGAGGGUGCUGAGAAUCAGAACCUGGGGCAUUCAGAAACUGAGGACCUUAAUCUUGAUUCCAUUCAACCAGCAACUUCACCCAAAGGAAGAUUCCAGAGACUACAAGAAGAAUCUGACUAUGUUACUAGUUAUACAAGAUCUGCACCAAAGAGCAACCGCUGCAACUUUUGCCGCCUUUUGAAAAUAUUUUGCACAGCAACCAUUUUAUUUAUUUUUGGACUUUUGAUAGGUUAUUAUACACAUAAAACUUGCCCUUCAAAUGCUACAUCUUCGGGAACAGAUGAUCCUCAGAUAUACCAAGAGAUUCUGAAAGCAAUUCAAGCAGAAAAUAUUAAGAAGUCAUUUAGAGAUUUGAUACAGCUGUAUAAAAGUGAAGAUGACACAGAAAUUGCAAAGAAGCUUAAGACCCAAUGGACUUCUUUGGGCCUAGAAGAUGUACAGUUUGUAAAUUACUCUGUGCUGUUUAAUCUACCGGGCUCUUCUCCCAGCACCCUGACUCUGAGGAGCAGUGGUCAAUGCUUUAAUGCUAAUGGCCAGCUGUGUGGUGAAGAAGCCAGAAAAGAUAGCAGCCAAGAUCUGCUCUACUCAUAUGCAGCCUAUUCUGCCAAAGGAACUCUCGAGGCUGAAGUCAUUGAUGUGAGCUAUGGAACUGCAGAUGAUUUAAAAAGGAUUAAGAAAAUGAAAAAUGCAACAAAUCAGAUUGCACUCUUGAAAUUAGGGAAAUUGCCACUACUUUAUAAGCUGUCCUUAUUGGAAAAAGCUGGAUUUGGAGGUGUUCUUCUAUAUAUUGACCCUUGUGAUUUACCAAAGACUGAGCAUCUCAGCGACGAUAGCUUCAUGGUGUCACUGAAUCCAGGAGGAGACCCUACUACACCUGGUUAUCCAAGUGUGGAUGGAAGCUUUAGACAAAACCGGCCAAACCUUACCUCUCUACUUGUGCAGCCCAUCUCUGCAUCUCUUGCUGUAAAACUGACAUCUUUGCCAAAGAAGACACCCCAAAGUGAUGUCUGUAGCCCUCUCAAACUUCUAAGUAAUGAAAUAAGAAUUGUCAACAUGCAAGUUCAGACAGUCACAAAAUUUAAAACAAUUACAAAUGUUGUUGGAUAUUUAAAGGGCUCAACAUCUCCAGACCGCUAUAUCAUAGUUGGCAGUCACCAUUAUACUGCACACAGUUAUAAUGGACAGGAAUGGGCCAGUAGCACUGCUAUCAUCACAGCUUUUAUCCAGGCCUUGAUGUUAAGAGCUAAGAAGGGAUGGAGACCAGACCGCACUAUUGUUUUCUGUUCAUGGGGAGGAACAGAUUUUGGCAACAUUGGCUCAUAUGAAUGGGCAGAGGAUUUCAAGAAGGUUCUGCAGAGAAAUGUCGUGGCUUAUGUUAGUCUUCAUAAUCCCAUAAGGGGAAACUCAAGUCUACAUCCUGUUGCAUCACCUUCUCUUCAGCAACUCGUAGCAGAGAAAAAGAAUUUCAACUGUACCAGAAGAGUCCACUGCCCAGAAAUGAAUGUCAGUUCUGUACAGAUACAAGGUGAUGCUGAUUAUUUCAUCAACCAUCUCGGAGUUCCAGCUCUGCAGUUCGUUUAUGAGGACAUCAAAGCAUUAGAGGGUCCGAGCUUUCUCACUGAGGCCUUUUUUCCUAACCAUGCAACAAAAAUUGAAGAAAUGGAUCCUUUUUUCAACCUUCAUGAAACCAUUACCAAGCUCACAGGAGAAGUGAUUUUACAAAUUGCCAAUGAACCAGUUCUGCCUUUUAAUGCCCUUGAUAUAGCUUUAGAAGUUCAAAACAGCCUUAAAGGUAAUCAACUCAGCACUCAACUGCUAGCCAUGGCAUCACGCCUGCGGGAGAGCGUGGAACUCUUUCAGUCAGAUGAGAUGCGUCCUGCUAAUGAUCCCAAGGAGCGAGCUCCCAUCCGCAUCCGAAUGCUGAAUGAUGUUCUCCAAGACAUGGAAAAAAGCUUCCUGGUGAGGCAGGUGCCACCAGGUUUUUAUCGAAACAUCCUGUACCACCUAGAUGAGAAGACAAGCCAAUUUUCCAUGCUCCUGGAGGCUUGGGAGCACUGCAAAUCACUGCCAUCAAAUGAGACCCUCCAAGAAGCCCUGUCAGAGGUGUUAAACAGCAUUAAUUCAGCUCAGGUUUACUUCAAAGCAGGACUUGAUGUGUUUGAGAGUGUCCUGGUUGGAAAGAAUUGA